GGACUGAAUAUGUCGUUCAUUCAUCACAUCUCUGGUGUCGCUUCUCGACGAUCAUGAGCAUGAGAAUCACAAUUAUGUUUCUGUCCCCCCAUAGGGCCAUACUGCAUCAAUGGUUCUCUUGUCUUGCAUACGAGGUUUGGACUUAGAUCGACCGUAUCCUUGCUAAUCAGCUCGCUGUGAUUCUCCCCUGGAGUCAUAAUUAUAAAUUUAGGACUUGUGAGCCUGCAGUUCUGUACAGCCAGGCCCCCAGCCCCAGGGUCAUUACACACAUAACCAGUGUAGCGUUGUGACUUAGUCUUGGGCGAGUUCCCAGUUCCAUUGGUCUCGCACGACACCUUGACUUCUUUGUAGAUCCCUUUAUAAUUAUACAGCGGAAGUCGCGCAGAAUCCGGAACGGUUUCAAAGUUAGUUUCCUUGCAAGAUCAGAAUGAGCGAUCAAGCAGUAACAGCUGAGACUGAGAGCAACGCAGUCGCCAGUGCAACCGAAGAAGUGCCACGUGCCGCCUCCGGUGAGGGUUCAACUAGAGUAACGACGAGUAGUAGGAGGGCCAACGCCACAAACGGUCGUUACGCCUCGCCGGGCACCGCUGACAGCGAUCAGCUGUUACGGUGCUCGCAUGAGCUAACGACAGAGCAACGGGAAUUGAUCGAGAGGUUGCGGUGCAGCCUAAAACCGGAGUUUGGUGAUCGCGAUGUGGACAAGUACCUUGACGACGAGGAUAUGCUGCGACGCUAUUUGAAGGGACACGGGUGGAAUUUCGAUACGGCGCGCCGCUACCUCGCCAAGUCGCUAGCGUUCAGGGAGAAGAAACCUAGACCAGCAUCAUGGACGUGCAGCUAUUGCGUGGACAAUCCAGGAUACCAUUGUAUGAGACAGGUUGGGUUUGACGUUCGUGGUCGUCCAGUCUUCUACAGUAGCUUUAUUCAGGCAGCGGUCACUAGCAACUCGGGUGCGGAUAGCGUCGAGCACUUUGUCUACCUCACGGAGAAUGCGGUGCGCUCCAUCCGCCAUCGUGAGCAGAAGGGUCAGUCGAGUCUCUCGCCACGUGUGGACGACUGGGUUUGGAUCAUGGACUGUACAGGUAUGGGCUGGGCAGCAUGCAAUCCGAAGAUCGCCAUCCAGGUGAACUCCUUACUGGGUGACCACUAUCCUGAGCGUCUUGGCCUGACCGUCGCACUCAAUGCUGGUUUUCUUAUGCGCUCCGCAUGGGCAGCCAUCAAGGUGUUCCUUUCGCCAGCAACGGCAGCCAAGCUCGUUUACGUCAGUGACCUGGCGGAGCAACGAGAGGUGUUUGAUCAAGAGCUGUUUGACUGGCUGCAGACGGAGGAACGGCUAAACAAGGAGUCCCCGCUCUCCGAAUCACAGCGCGUCUUCUGGUGCAAACCGAAAAAUGCGACCGCACACGACCCACGCGGUACGCAUAGCUAUGUGCACGAGUUCAUCGAUCAAGUGUCCCUUGCAGCUGUGCCGUCUGAGGAGACUGACGGGGAUGCCCACAUACCCAGUCAUCUACGCCGUCCACUGCCUCACCCCAACACUGUUGUCGAGAAGCGGCGAGGCUCAUCACCCGUCUAGGCUCGUGUGUCACGGUGUGUGUGUGUGUGCGCGCGUGUGUGUGUGCGCGCGCGUGGGCGCAUGUGCGUUCGUGAGCGUGUGUUUAGCGAAGUUCUGUACCGACAGACCAGAUCACAUGCCUGACACUGACCUGGAGGAUCUAGGAUACGCAUGCAUGCAUCCAAGCUAUUAUUCUUUUAUCAUUCUAUUUAUUUUCGUGUCAUUCUGAGAAGUCAAAUUAUUGGUUUCCUCUAAUAGUGCGAUGCAGCUCAGUGCCACUUGUGCCUCGACUUGAUGUUGAUAGAUCAAUGGACAGUAGCUACUGGUACAUGUACAUGUCUGCUUGAACAACACGAGAGCUGGCCAUGGCCAUGUCAAACUAUACACAGCCACUACUUGGCGCCCAACUGAGCUGCCGCUACUAGUAUUCUUAAUUAUUGGGAGAAAAACCACUAGAGUCUAGAAGCUAUAUGAAGGAACUCAGUAUCAAUGUA